AUGGCGGCGGCGGAGGGCGGGGACGAUCUGCUGAGCUCCGGCUUCUGGGCGGCGAGCUCCGGAGCCGUGCGGGCCCCGCUGAGCGGCCCCGCCGAGCCGCCCGCCCGCUGCGUGUGCUACGGGCUGGGCCGCUUCGGGCGCUGCCCCGCCGCUCGCUACCAGCUCGCCUUCCUGCUGCUGCUGCUGGAGGAGCUGCGGGUGCCGCCCGGCCGCUGCGCCCUGUUCGACCCGGCCUUCUCGGCGCGGGAGGCGGCGGAGACCCCCGGGGCAGAGCCGGGAGCCGCGGGGGCCCGCGGACGGGGCUCGGCCGUGACGGGCGCGGCGGGUCCCGGGCAGGAGGGGAAGCACGGUGUCCAGGGCGCGGCCACGCUCUUCUACAUGGUGCACUGCGGGAAGGCCCUGUACAACAACCUGCUGUGGAGCAACUGGAGCCCCGCCGCGCUCUCCAAGCUGGUCAUCAUCGGGAACAGCUUCCGAGGAAUCGAGGAGAGAUUGCUGUCCAGAAUCUUGGAGAGAGAUUAUUCUUACAUAGCAAAGGUCUUGAAAGGAGUGGAGGAAGUGGCACUCCCCAGUCACCCCCGCUACCUGGACACUUUCAAUGACACCUCCGUGCACUGGUUUCCCCUGGAUAAACUGCAGGAGCUCUCCUCUGAGGUCUGGGAUUUCGUGGAGGAGCCGAUGUACCAAGAUUGUGAGGACCUGGAGAUCAUCAGGAAGGGGGAGGAAGCUACUGCCAAGUCCUGACCAUCCCUGUGGUGGCAGGGCUGGGAUCCACAACUCUUCCCAUGGAAGCUUCUGGGCAGCUGAGAUGGAGCUCAAAUAGCACCAGGCUCUGUCAAAAGUGGCAGCACCUGAAUGCUGAGGUGAUGGGACAUUUUUGUAUGUUAUUUAAUAAAUAGUAAAGCUAAGCUUUGACUUA